AUGGCACCUCGUCGACGUGGCUUGUUAAAAUAUAUAAUUUUAAUUCCAAUAGUAUGGUUUCUUGUUGUUCUUACAUUUUCAAUACGAACUGAAUCUCCAAUAUCACCUCAUGCACAUAAUGAUGUUCAUGGACAUAUUGUUAAGCGAACGGCAACAGAAGAAUCAUUCAUUGAUCGAUUAGGACCAGCACGAGCACUAGUUAAUCGUAUUCGAAAUGCUUUACAAUUUCAAUUAGAACAACAUGCUGAUCAUGAUCAUCCAGUUGAAGAACGUCUUAAAGCUCGUGAACAAGUUGAUGAAAUGAAGGCUCAAGUACAAGUUAUUGCACCUGAAGUAAAUCAUGAUGUUAAAAAUCCAAAUAAAACUGGUCCUGGUGAAAUGGGAAGUGCAGUACGAAUAGACAAAAAUGCAUUAUCAGAAGAAGACAAAGAAAAGUUUAAUAUUGGUUGGAAAAAUAAUGCAUUUAAUCAAUAUGCUAGUGAUAUGAUAUCAGUACGACGAAGUUUAGCCGAUGUUCGAGAUGCUGAAUGUAAAGUAGUUAAGUUUCAUCCAAAUUUACCUGAUACAUCAGUCAUUAUUAUAUUUCAUAAUGAAGCACGUUCAGUACUAUUACGUACUAUUUGGUCUGUUCUUGAUCGUUCACCACGUCAUUUAUUAAAAGAAGUUAUUGUUGUUGAUGAUUUUUCUGAUAAAGGUGAUACAUAUAAAACGCUUGAAGAUGAUAUUAAACCAAUGAAAAUUGUUCGAGUACUUCGUACAAAAAAACGUGAAGGUCUUAUCAGAGCACGAUUAGUGGGCGCUUAUGAUGCAAAUGGAACAGUUUUAGUUUUUUUGGAUUCACAUUGUGAAUGUGCCGAAGGAUGGCUUGAACCAUUGCUGGAUCCGAUAGCACGAAAUCCAAAAGUAUCUACCAUACCAAUUAUUGAAAUUAUUGAUGAUUCAACAUUUGAAUUUCGUUCUACAGCAAUAAGAAAUAUUCAAGUAGGUGGAUUUGAUUGGAAUCUUAUAUAUAACUGGCAUAAUACACCUGAAAGAGAAAUGAAAAGACGACGAAACAGAACUGAUCCAAUACGGAGUCCAACAAUGGCUGGUGGAUUAUUUGCUAUCAAUCGAGCUUGGUUUGAAGAAUUGGGAAUGUAUGAUCCAGGAAUGGAUAUUUGGGGUGGUGAGAAUCUUGAACUUUCUUUUAAACUUUGGCAAUGUGGUGGUGAACUUGUAUGCGCUCCAUGUUCACAUGUUGGUCAUGUUUUUCGUAAACGUUCACCAUACAGUUGGCCUACGACUGUUAAUGUUAUUAAAAAAAACACUGUUCGUCUCGCUGAAGUAUGGCUUGAUGAUUAUAAAAAAUAUUUUUAUGAACGAAUCAAUUUUGAUCUUGGUGAUUAUGGUGAUGUAUCUGAUCGAAUUAAAAUUCGUGAACGACUUCAAUGUAAACCAUUUAAAUGGUUUCUUGAUAAUAUUUUUCCUGAACAGUACAUUCCAGGUGAAAGUUUAUACUAUGGCGAAAUUCGUAAUCAAGGUAAAAUAAAAGUAUGUAUUGAUUCACAAUCAUCAUCUGACGAUGCCGGUAAAUCAAUUAUUGGUUUUCCAUGUCAUGGUCAAGGUGGAAAUCAAUUUUUUCUUCUGACAAAAAUGUUUGAAAUACGAAAAGAAGACAAAUGUUUAGAUUUUGGUAGUGGAAAAUUACACCAAGAAGGAGACAUUCGUUCGAUGGGUUGUCAUUCAAUGAAAGGAAAUCAGAUGUGGUCUUAUGAAAAUAAAAUGUUACGACAUUCAUCAGGUAAUUGCAUUGAAUUAUCAUCAACAAACGAUAGAGAUAUUUAUAUGGCUCCAUGUAACGCGUCAAAUACUUGUCAACAAUGGUAUUGGAAAAAACGUGAACUGAAUUCAACAUCUACUUAA